AUGUCGGACUCUUCAUUGAAAUGCCUUUUGUGUACACUUUCGUUCGUUUUAGCGUUUGAACUUUUGGGAAUAAGAACAGACGCUGCAUCUGGGGAAGGACCUCUUCUUCCUGACGGACAGGAUCUAUAUUACAAAACAGUUAGAAUAUCACCUAUUCUAUCGGUUCCUCAAAGCAUAGUUCAUUUACCUCUCCUCAAGGUCUCACACAAGGACCAUGGCGCUAUCCUCCGGCAGAAGCGCAACGUGCUUUUCCCCAGCGGGGUCAAACUUUGUGCUGAAGAGAGUGUGCAACAAUCCAUUGCAAAUCACCUCAGCUACUUUCACCUGCGAGUGUGUCAGGAGACGGUGUGGGAGGCCUUCAAGAUCUUCUGGGACCGCCUCCCGAACCAGGAAGAGUACCAGACCUGGAUGAGCCAAUGCCUGGACGGCACAGCCACCGCUCUGGCGAUGGGAAAAAACUUUAGCCAAUCAAAGGAGCACCUGGCCCUGGUUGAGAGUGUGAGUCUCUCCAGUCUCCAUGAAAUUACCAUCAUCAUCACCCCGACUCCAGCCACAGAACAGGAGGCUCAAGGAGAGGUCAUCAUAGAAGGGGCAGAGGUGGAGCUUCCCACAGAACCAACCAAUGACAUAGAGAUGGAAGUGUUGGUGCGGCCUACGCGGGCCCAGUUGGAGCAUGUGGUUGAGCUGAGUAUCUUGCUGAAGGGAGAGAGGUACAGCGAUGCUCUAAGAGACACUGCCAGCUUCCAGUACCAGACACUUAACCAGCAGUUCAUUGACAAGAUCGAAGAUGCUCUGGGGGAACUGCCAGGCUUGAAGAGUGUGACUGUGCUGGAGUUCAGGUUUCAGAAGGAUGCCCAAGGGUUGGAUGGCGUGGUGGUGGUCUAUGCGGUGACGGUGGAGGUGGAAGGGGAGGAGGUGAGCAGUGAGCAGUUGGACUACCUAACCCGGCAGUCCAACCUGGUGGAGAACUCCUACAGAGAUCUGAAGGAGAGGCCCACAGUGGUCUACAACAUCACAGACUUCAGGAACAACAUCACUGAGGCCCUGCAAAAUGACAACAUCAUCAGAGACACGACCCCAGUGUCCAGUGUUCCUGAGUCCAUCAAGUCCACGGCUGGAAUUACCAAGGAUGACUGCGUGGAGGAAAUCUUGGCUGCUGAGAUGACCCCACAUGCCCCCGAGGUUAAAACUGAGGAUGUGGCGAUGGGGGAGAAUGAUGUCAUUGUUCUGGAGGAGAUCGUGACCCUCCCCCCUGAGCCUGAGGUGACCAUCAAUGACACGGCGAUGGAGGAGGAGGGUCUGCUGUUGGGGAACACUGUGGCUGUAGAGAGCCCUCCCCUGGAGCGCUUCCCUGCAGACCCUAUCUCCCCCGAGCAGCCAGAGGGCACUACGCUCCCCAAGCCUCCUCUGGAGAUAGAGGCCUCUGGGUCAGGUGUUGACAGACUUGAGGACCUGCCCUUCCAGCCCGAGGAAGAAGAAAAGCCAGAAGAGAUCUUAACAGAGGAAGCAGAAGCGGGAGUAGAGGAGGAAGUAGUGGAGGUCCCCGAGGAAGAGGAGGAAGCAGUGGAGGUCUCUGAUACUGUAGAGGUUCUAGAAGAAGAAGCUGAACCCUCAGAAAUCCUUGAGUACUCCAUCCUAGAGACAGAGACCAUAGAAGAGUUGGAGGAAAAGAACCCUGCCUUUCUCCCUGUGGAAGCGAUGGAAGCUCCCGAACCAGCGGAGAGCCUUAAUGUCCCCAAGAAUGCCAUGGAGACUGUACCCCCAGAUGAGCCUGAAGAAGGGGCUAACGAGGUGUUGGGUCAUCCAGAAAAAUCAGGAUAUGGAGAGGUAGUUACGAGCUUAGAGGAGGGACCAAUCAUCGAGGAGCCAGUAACUGGAGAGGAUGCCUUGGAGGUGGAGGAAGAGGUGAUGGAACUUCUGGACUUGACUGAGACCUCGGCGGAGAACCUGGUAGAAGAUGAGAUGUUGUUGGUUGACGAGGUUGUUCCAGAGGCCGCCCACCCUACCACUCUUUCUGCAGAGAAGGAGUCGCCCUUCACCCAAGUCUCUGAUGCCAUAGCAGAAGAAGAGGCUACAGAGGCCACAGGCCUAGACACAGCCCCAGAACCGGAGGCAGAUGCAGAGGACCAGGGGGUCACCCCAGCUCUCACACCCGCCAAGUAUUACCCUGGCCCAGACAUUUCCAUCACUCUGGAGCUGCAGACGAUAGACCCUGUGACAGACUAUGACCUGGUCCCCUUCGGUGGCACCAACCAAACAGAGGAGGGAAGUAGCGGGUACCCCUCUGGAGGGGUACAUGGUGUGGACCACAGCGUUGCCAUGCCAAUCAAUCCUGGGCGGGCGCUGAUGGUGUUCUUCAGUCUGAGGGUCACCAACAUGAAGUUCUCAGAUGACCUCUUCAAUAAGAGCUCCCCGGAAUACAAGGCCCUGGAACAAAGGUUCACAGAGCUGCUGCUCCCCUACCUCCAGUCCAACCUUAGUAACUUCCAGAACCUGGAGAUCCUGAACUUCCGGAACGGGAGUAUUGUGGUCAACAGCCGGAUGAAGUUCGGGAAGCCGGUGCCUCGCAGCGUCAACAACGCAGUCUACCUGAUCCUGGAAGACUUCGCUAACACAGCCUAUAAGACCAUGAACCUGGCCAUCGACAAGUACUCACUGGACGUAGAGUCAGGUGACCAGGCGAACCAGUGUAAGUUCCAGGCGUGUAAUGAGUUUGCACAGUGUUCUGUGAACCGCUGGUCUGGCGAGGCGGAGUGUGUGUGUAACGCUGGAUACUUCAGUGUGGACGGACUGCCCUGUCAGAGCAUCUGUGACCUACAGACAGACUUCUGUAUGAAUGACGGGAAGUGUGACAUCAUACCUGGACAGGGGGUCAUCUGCAGAUGUCGUGUAGGGGAGAACUGGUGGUACCGUGGAGAACACUGUGAGGAGUACGUGUCAGAACUGCUGGUGGUCGGCAUAGCGAUUGCCUCCGUAGCCGGUUUCCUAUUGGUGGCUUCCGGUGUGAUCUUCUUCCUGGCAAGGACACUACGGGAUCAGUACGAUAAGGAUGAGACAGAAGACCCCUUACGGCGAGGGGAGAGUAUACCAUCUCUAGAGAGGGCCACUAAGUACAACCCCAUGUAUGAGAGUGAGGCUACGACGGGCUAUAGCCACUACUACCGCCGCUACCCAGAAGCCCCGCUCUACAGCAGCGCCAGCGCAGAGGCCUCCACAGACUUCAGCAGCGAGGAGAUACGCCACAUCUACGAGAACAGCGAACUGACCAAGGAGGAAAUCCAGGACAGGAUACGCAUCAUCGAGCUCUACGCGAAGGACCGGAAGUUUGCAGACUUUGUGCGGCAGCAUCAAACCGCUCUUGAUACCCGCAGAGAGAGCGUGUCCACGUAGACCUGUACGGGACUCUCAGCUGUAUGCUGUGAAAAACAGGGUGCCCUGUUCUCUUGUCCCACCCCGCUUCCUCCUUUCUCAGUGCCUUCUCUCGAUUAGGUGAGCUCUGUUGGAAUGGGUGUGGUGGUUGUGGGCAGAUCCUCUGCUCAUUGGAUGUCUUCCUUUUGGGGGAAGACCCGCCUCCCACCAUUUGGAAUCAUAUUUGUUACCUGAAAUGACAUACAAAAUGCAAUGCUGUCUAGGAUACAUGUUCUUCAGGUAGCAGAUAAGACAUGAUAAAGUCUUUCCUUUGCAUUUAACGUCAUAUCUCAGCUCGUAGUUGUUGAGGAAAGAACGUAGUUCUCUGAAAGUGUAAAUAUUGAUCCAUUGGAAUGUUG